ACACCCAACCCCCACCCACACCUACACCCCACACCCCACACCCACACCCUUAUUUCUAUGGUAGAUCUAUACCAUUUUCCGAUUUAAUAGUUAAUUUAUUUCAUUGUGUAAAUUGUUUUUUUUCUAUUUCAGAUUCGAAUGAGCUCUUGAUUGGGACACUACUUUUGGUUUUAAUUACUAAUUAUUUGUUUGCUCUAGAUGGGUUCACAACUAUGGUAUGAAAGUAAGUUUAUUCAUUUUUAUUGUUACUUUUUUUUUGAGAAGGGCCUAUUGAGAUAUUUGAGGUGUUUAGUAUUUGUCAUUUCACAUCUAAUGAGGUAGCCCUUCAAAAUGAUAAUUCGGUAUUGAGUUGAGCCUCUCUGCAUAAGGUAGUUAUCGAUGAGAUGAGAAAAAUUCCCGAAGGAUACCUUGCAUCAGCUCUUUUCUAGAGGAUUAUGCCUAUGUUACUGGAAUUUUAGGUGAAUGCUAACGAAGCAUCCUUUUUACAUGUGAACUGGAUUUUGAGUUCGAGCCAUUAGUGUCAGACAGAUAUGAGAGGAGUAUAAAAAGCUCCAAAUAAACGAGGAUUUCUAAGUCUUCUCUCGAAAGUUAUAGCUGUUUUCUUUGAAUUUGAACCAAUAGUAUCGUGGAUAUCAGUAGGUGGAAUGAGAUUAUUUCAAUUUAAGAGUUUCUGGACGGAGCAGACCAUUGAUGAGGUCAAUAUCCGAAAAAUUUUAUCUCAAACUGAUGUGCUUUUUGUCCGAAAUGCUGAUGCUCAACAAUGUAAUUGGUAUCUCACGAAAGAUAAAGGAAUUUUGUAUUGUUUGUGAACUUCAGCAUUUCGGACAAAAGCGCACCGGUUUCAGGUGAAAUUUUUGAGACAUUCACCUCAUCAAUAGACUACUCUGUCGAGAAACUCUUAAAUUGAAAUAAUCUCAUUCCACCUACUGAUAUCUACGAUACUAUUGGUUCAAAUUCAAAGAAAACAGCUAUAACUUUCGAGAGAAGACUUAGAAAUCCUCGUUUAUUUGGAGCGUUUCAUACUCCUCUCAUAUCUGUCUGACACUAAUGGCUCGAACUCAAAAUCCAGUUCACAUGUAAAAGGGAUGCUUCGUUAGCAUUCACCUAAAAUUCCAGUAACAUAGGCAUAAUCCUCUAGAAAAGAGCUGAUGCAAGGUAUCCUUCGGGAAUUUUUCUCAUCUCACCGAUAAUUACCUUAUGCAGUGUGGUUCACCUCAAUACCGAAUUAUCAUUUUGAAGGGCUACCUCAUCAGAUGUAAAUACCUUGGAAGAUUCGUACGAAACCAUUUGUGCGAAACCUUUUCGACCUCAUUUUUGGAGAGGGUUCGUACAGAACCUUUUGUACGAAACCUUUUUGGCAUUUUCCUGUGAAGGUUUCGUACCGAACCUUUUGUGCGAAACCUUUUAGACUUUUCUCGAUAAAGGCUUCGUACUGAACCUUGUGUACGAAACCAUUUUUCCCAUUUGUCAAGAAGAAGUUUCAUACGAAACCUUUUUUUGCGAAACCAAAAAAGGAUCUGACUGUGUGCCCAAGUGAAGAUCCUUUUUUGGUUUCGUAAAACACCUUUUUUUUUACAGUGUACGAGUGAAGUAUCUGUGAAGUAUCAGUGAAGUACCAGUGAAGUAUCAGUGAAGUAUCAGUGAAGUACGAGUGAAGUAGAAGUGAAGUAUGUAGUCUCGCAUUUUCCCCCUUGCCCACACCCCACACCCACCCGCACCCACACCCACCCUUAAGAACUUAACAGUACAAUGUGACUCUAUAUUUUUAUAAACUACUGUAAGUAAUUUUUUUUUUGUUUAUUUUAAAUUGGAAUAUAAAUAUCGAAAACACAUUAUCAAAAGUGAGCGAAUAAAAAGAAGAAGAAGAAGAUAAUGAUGAUUAUUGUUCGUUCUUCAUCUAUCAUUCCAUAUCACAUUAAUAUCGUGUUUAUGAUAUUUCUUCACUUUAGUUUUGUUAUUUUAUUAUUUUUCAUCAGCAACACUGUCUUCCAAGUCACCGUUAUUGUUUCGUACUUCAAUGUUUCUGAAGAUUUUCAUUGUUCGUUUUCUGCUGUAACAGAUGCACGUGUGUCCAUCGCCACAUAUGCCACUUUUAUAACCUGCCCCACGACAAUAAGCAUCGCAUGUACAUCCAGCCUGUGUUGUUUCAGGUAAAAAUAUGGCCAUCAUCAAAGCUGAUAACAAAAUACUAGCAAUCAAUCCGCGUGAGUUCAUUAUUAUUUUCUCAACUAAAUACGAAGAGUGAUCAUUGGAUUUCAAUCAUAGCAAGUAUUACUUACUUUAAUCGUAUAAAGUAGACGAUAUAUUGUGUUCACAAAUAGUUUUGUCUGAAUUGAGAAAAUGACGAACAUAUUUAUACUCAGCGAAAGUACACAUAGGAUUAAUGUGUGAAAAUUCGAUCAUACAUGUAAAACUUAAAGGUUAAAUUGAAGCAUUGAAGCAUUCAAGUAUUUAAAUAUGCAAUUACCUUGAGCAUGUUGUUGACAAGAGAACGAAAUAGGUGUGAAAGUACCACGGAACGACAUCAAAGCAGGAGCGCUGCGUGCUGAAAUGAAAACUUCAAUACUUGAAUAGUUGAAUAUUUGAUUACCUGAUUAUUUAAAUUUCUGAACGCUUGAAUGCAUAAAUGCAUGAAUAUUUGAUUAAUGGAAUAUUUAAAUACUUGAAUUCAAGCAUUAACUUUUACAUAUAUGAUCGAAUUUUUACUCAUUAAUCAUAUGUGGGGGAGUUCAUCGGAUUUUUACCACGUUUACAUCGAGUGUCUACAAAUUCAAUAAAACUUUCAAGAUUUGUAACCUAGUGAAAAAAAGUCAAAUUUUAGGUGAUUUUGUGAGAUUAUCAUCGGAUUUUUCUGCGACAAAAUCUAAAUUAUAAUCGAUUGAAAUCUUCCAAAUCACAAAUAAUCUGAUUUUUAAUCAAAAAUAAUUCUUCGAAAUCAAGAAUACUUUAGAUUUUAAUCAGAUUAUAUUGAAUUUUAAUCAAAAUUUUAAUUGAUUUCGAAAACUUUUUUUAAUCCGAAAUAAUCCUCAAAAUCAACUAAAAUUUUGAUUAAAAUCUAAAGUAUUCUUGAUUUCGAAGAAUUAUUUUUGAUUAAAAAUCAGAUUAUUUGUGAUUUGGAAGAUUUCAAUCGAUUAUAAUUUGGAUUUUGUUGCAGAAAACUUCAAUGAUAAUCUCACAAAAUCACCUAAAAUUUGACUUUUUUUUCACGGGGUAAACCAUAGUGAAGUAUGAAAAUCGGUAAUGCCAAUUCAUUAAAUUGCAUUAAUAGACAAGAACAUUUUCAUCAUGAUAUUUCUGUAAUUUUUAAUAAAAUCAUAAAAACUAGGCUUUUGCUGAAAACUGUCUUUUAUAAGUUUCGUUCAUUUCUUAUGCUUAGAUAUUAAUUAUAUACGCAUAUACCAUACAUAUUCUGACAGCUCGUCAGCUCAGCUACAUUUUGGUUAGAAUAUGUUGGGGUUUUGUCAAUAUCUUUACUAUGUUAUCUCUUAGGAAAGACAGCACAUUGGUAUGCAUUCUUGCACUAAAAAGAUGUUCGUAAAAAUGGAAUUACAGAACAUAGCCACAUAUUGGAUUUUGUAGUGAAUCGAUUGGUCUACAAGAUGCACUAGAUUUCAACUCUCGCAUCUUUGAUUUGAAAGAAUACGAAAGGAAAAAAGGUAAAAAAGUGCGAUUUUUGUGCUAUAUUCAAAAAUAAUAUGGAAAUUUCUAGCAUUAUAUAUACAUUUUAUAAUUUUCAAACGUUUUUUGUGUUCUCAAAUUUAAAACAAUCUUUAAAGUAUAACUCAAUAUACCUUCCAAUCGAUAGCAGAAUAUUUCACAAUUUAUUAAUGAUGGGAGAUCUAUAUUCUGAUAUUUUGUGUUUUGUAUAGUAUAAUUCUUUUUAAUUUGUACGCUUUUUCUUUUACUUGACUAUCUUGUUAGACUUCUAUUGAAUAUGUUUAGCGAUAUAUAUAUUUAAAAGAUAUUGUUCAAAUAUUCAUCAUCAAAUAGUCUUUCAAUAUUAAGAUAAGUUAAUACUAAAGUUCGUUUUAUUUAAUGAAGUUUUCCAUAAAAUAGACGUGACUGCUUUUGAAUAUAUAUAUAUAUAUGUGUAUUAUAAAUCAAUUACUAUUGCUACUCAACAUAUACUGAUUUUUGAUUUAACUAUUUUCAUCUUAAGUCUUGUAGAACAUUCAGAAGUAAAUCAUACACGAGCUAAGUGUGUUCAAAUUUUCCAAACGGCUAAAGAAGUGUCUGAAAUCGUACCUUACUUCAGAUACAUUGAGGUAUUAAUUGGUUUAGUGAGAAAUCUAUUACGGCUCAUGAGUAUUUGGAUUUGUCGUUUUUUACUCAUUCUCCUCUCUCAUAGCUUCGAAAAACUGAUAUGAAUUCGAAGUAUUAGUUCUAACUCGAUUUUUUCAACUAGCAUUUAUAUAAUAUAUAAAGUAUAAUGUCUACGGUUUGGUGUGCAAAUGUACUGGCACACAUUGGCAAAAGAAAAAUUGGAAAAAAUCUACUCAUCCAAAAGAUCAACGCCGAAUUGCUGAUGAUUUAGCUGAUUUUUUUGAAUCAUUCUGCUUCGAUAGUGUUUACAGAAAAUGAUUAUUUAUUCAUUAGAUGUUAUACAACAGCAAAGGAAAAUUUUAAUUUAGCCUAUGAUCGUAAUUUUUCAAUAUAUAUGAACGUUGAUGAAGCUCAACCUAUUAGAGCUACUGCCGGUGCAGUUUUAUCUAAUAUUUUAGCUCUUACUCAAGUUUGUUUACUCUCUUCUGAUCGUGAUAAUUCAUCAUCAGAAACAUCAGAUGAAGAAGUUAUGAAUUUAACUUUGCACUAA